AUGUCUACUCCAGUCCCUUCUAACCACACUCAGCCUUCUGGUCCGUCUACUCAGCCUAGUGAUCCUUCUGCCUCGACUUCGGAGGCGCAAUGGCUGGAGGAGGAUAGUACGCAUGUCGUCUUCAAGCAUUUCAAGGUUCCCAUCCGUCCCGACACAGUCGGGACUGUCCGCGUUUGCAACUAUUGCUCCAAGGAGUUCAAGGGUGGUGCGUUUCGAUGCGCUCAGCAUCUCGCGAAAUGGAAGGGACAGCGCUCUCGCGACGUCCGCCUGUGCGCUAAGGUUCCGCCCGACGUGCGAGCGGCGGUGGCCGCGCAUUACGAGAAGAAGGCGUCCAACCGCGACGAAAAACGGCGGGCCGAGGAUGCUGCGCUCAAUGCUGUCGUGGGAGGUGCUAAGAGAGGACGCAUCAUCGACUUCAUUGGCGACGAGGCGCAGUGCAAGAAGGGCGAGGCGGACUACGCCGUCAGUUUGUUCUUCGCCGGCUGUCGCAUUCCCGAACACCACGCCGACAACCCCUUGUGGCGCAACAUGGUCAGAGCCAUUAACAACACACCCCACGGUUACCUUGCGCCGCGACGGAACUACGUGGGAGGAGCUAGGCUGAAGCAAUGCCGCACGAGCAUCGAGAAGGGGCUUCAGCCAAUCGCCGCGAGCUGGAAGAGGGAUGGCGUCACCGUCUCCUCCGACUUGAUGACCGAUCGGUGCGGGAGGCCGCAGGCGAACGUCAUGCUGGUCAACGAUUCGGGAGCGGUGUUCGUGGAGGCUAUCGACUGCAACAUGGAGUCCAAAACCGGUGGCUACAUCGCGUCGCUCCUCCGCCCCAUCAUCGAGAAAGUGGGGCCCGAAAACGUGGUCGCACUUUGCAUGGACGGCGGCUCCAACUACGGUGCCGCCUGCAAGGAGCUGAUGGCGGAUUGGCCCCACAUCGAGUACGUGCCGUGCGCUACGCACGUGCUCAACCUCCUGAUGGAGGACGUGGGCAAGAUCACGUGGUGCAAGGACAUUGUGGACCUGUGCGGGGACAUGAUCACCUACGUCCGCAACCACCAUUUCACCCGCAACUACCUGAGGAGUAAGAAGGUGAAGGGAGGAAAGGGGAAGCAGCUUGUGAAGCCGGCGGGGAGCAGGUUCGGCACCAACUACAUCGCCCUCUCCAGGCUCGUCGAGCUGCGGUCCACGCUGUCGCAGAUGGUGCUGAGCGAGGAGUUCGCCAACUGGUCGGCGGGGGCUAGGAAGCAGACGGCGGAUACAUUCCGCGGCCAAGUCAUGGACGAUGCCUGGUGGAAGAACGCUUCGUACCUGGCGGAGCUGUUGGCGAUUCCAUUCAAGGUGAUGCGGGCCACGGACAGCAGCGCCAAAGGGAUGAUGGGGACUAUCUACGACCUAAUGCUCCAGCUGACCGAGGACGUGAACGACAAGCUGGAAGCGGGGGAGACGAUUCUGCCGCGGGCGGUGGCGAUUGACAUUGGGAAGAUUGUUAGGCGCAGUUGGGACGAGAGCCUUGCGUGCGCUCUUCACGUCGUGGGGCGGAUCCUCAACCCGGCAACUCAGGAAGAGGGUAUUUUCCGCAACGACAUGGAAUGUACCCGCAUCUUCAAGGCCUUCAUCGCACGUCACUACGACGGUAAGACGUUCACCAACAAGGAUGGUGAGGAGAGGCGUGCCUCUCUUGUUUUGUAG